GAAGACGUCAAGACCUACUUCAUCAGUCUAUUCCUUGCGCUACUGCUUCGAUUUACAAUAAUCGAACCCAGAUUUAUCCCCAGCCUUUCCAUGUACCCCACCUUUGAGGUCGGUGACCAACUCGCAGUGGAAAAGGUUACCAAGCGAAUCAAACCGUUCUACCGCACCGAGGUCGUCGUCUUUCAACCCCCGCAAGCCUUCCGAGACAUUGUGGAAAAUCAAUACGGAGACAAGUCCAAAGGUAAGGAGGCUUUGAUCAAGCGCAUUGUUGCAGUUGAGGGCGACAAAGUUGAAAUCAAAAAUGGCAAGCUGCUUAUUAAUGAUAUUGAGCAAGAAGAAGCCUACACGGCCGAAGAUGCCCAGUACGCGUUCGGUCCAGUGCGUGUACCUCCCGAAAAUGUGCUUGUGCUGGGAGACAAUCGCAACCACAGUCUAGACGGACAUAUUUGGGGAUUUUUGCCCACCAAAAAUGUGAUUGGGCGCGCUGUCUUUGUCUACUGGCCACCGUGGAGAGUCGGGAACGGCGGCAUGUUUUAA